UUUCUGGUGCUGCGCUGGUAGUAGUACGUGUCGAAGUGUUAAUCUUGUCGCAGUUGAGUGAAAGCCACAGGAAGGUUCACAGCUUGGCAGAAGAAGUGUAGAUUCCUCUGCGCUAACUAAAAAACCCCAGUUUCCGAGACAUCAGACGGCUGAAGGCCUGCUAGAACAAAGACUUUUUUUUUUUUUUUUUUUUUUUUUUUUUUGCUGUUGCACCGAGGUAGCAGUGAGAAUUGCCAUGGAUGACGAACACUAUGACGAAUAUCUGGAGGACUUUUUCAACUCAUCCAACACCAUAGAAGAUAUCCAACACGUCAUCCACAAUGAGACGGUGAUACUGUGUGAGAAGACCAAUGUGAUUCGGUUUGGUGCGGCUUUCAUCCCUACGUUCUACUACAUGAACUUCUUGCUGAGCCUUGUGGGAAAUGGUCUGGUUCUGUGCAUCAUCUACAAGUAUGAGAAGCUCAGUACGGUCACGAACAUCUUCCUGCUCAACCUGGUCAUCUCGGACCUCCUGUUCGCCUCCACCUUGCCCUUCUGGGCUGUCUACCACCGCACCGAGUGGAUAUUUGGCCCUGUCCUCUGCAAGCUGGUAGGUAGCUUGUACUCAAUCGGCUUUUCCAGCUCCAUCCUCUUCCUCACCCUCAUGACCUUUGACCGCUACCUGGCUGUGGUCCAUGCCAUCACGGCCGCCCAGAGCCGCCGGAGGAUGUACGCCUUCUCCACGUCUUCUGUAGUCUGGUUUCUCAGUCUCCUCGCUAGCCUUAAAGACAUGGUCCUGUACAACGUACGGGACAACAAACCGGGUGGCUGGGUGUGUGAAGAGAGUGGCUACACGUACGAGACCAUAGUCAAAUGGCAGCUGAUGGGUUACUACCAGCAGUUCGGGCUGUUCUUCCUGCUUCCACUGGUGAUGGUGUUCUACUGCUAUGCCCGAAUCACCAUUCGAAUUGUCUCCACACGCAUACAGGAGAAGUGCAGGGCUGUCAAGCUCAUCUUCUUCAUCAUCUUCACCUUCUUCAUCUGCUGGACGCCCUACAAUGUGGUCAUCCUCCUCAAGGCGCUUCGCUUGUCCUCCAGAGACAGAUCAUGUGCCGAUGACCUGGACUAUGCAGAAUAUGUCACGCGUAACAUCGCGUACUUAUACUGCUGCAUCAGCCCCGUGUUCUACACCUUUGUGGGGAAGAAGUUCCAGAGCCAUUUCCGGAAACUUCUAGCUAAGCACAUACCGUGUUUGAAGACCACCAUACUGUCAUCUCAAAGCAGCAGGACCACAUCGUUCAGGAGCCCCAAUACUGAGUACUAUUAACUGCUGAAACUUCACAAUGGGAAGAAUUUGGAAUUUGGCAAAUUUAAACAUUUGAAUACUGGGCUCUUCUGAACCUCUGAAUAUUGUGAGGUUCUGACAUUAUAAUAUUGGGAGGUUCUUAACUUCUUAAUGUUGAGAGCUUCUGAACUACUUAAUAUUGGAAGGUUCUAAAGUUCUGAAUAUUGAGAAGUUAUGAACUUUGAUUAUUGGCAGCUUCUGAAUGUUUGAAUAUUGGGAGGUUAUGAACUUUUGAAUAUUGAGAGCUUAUGAACUUUUGAAUAUUGAGAGGUUCUGAACUUCUGAAAUUUUUGUAUAUAGCUCACACACUGAUGCUGGCUACAGGGUUUAAGAAUGUGAGCAUUUUUCAAUGUACUGAAAUGUUCUCUUUCGGCUCAGGUUUGUCAAGUGUAGUUUGUGUGGUCUGGGCACAGACAAUGAGUCUUAAAGUAAAGAAUACAGGGAAGUUGGGCAAUAUGUGUGAAAUCCAUUUUUUCUGUCUGUGUUCUCAUGCUGUUCUUCUGUUGUUAAUUGUAGCAGUUCCAUAAAUGAGGAGUAUUUAGCAGUUUAUCAACAUUUAACAUGAACUUGUCUUUGUAGCAUUAAAUUAACUAUUCAGAUCUUUAGAAAUAAGAUGUAAAGAGUUAGAUUUUUUUUCUUUUUGUGUUGUUAAUGCUUCGAAACUGAAACAACUGAUGAAUAAAAAAAAAAAAAAAAGGCUGGAAUCCGAUUGAUGUGUCUU